CUGUUCAACACCUGUGUGUGGGAGGCGCUUCGCCGGUUUCGCUGAAAGCCGGUGACGCCCAGCUGUGCAUCAGGCGGCAGCAGCGGCGCGACGCGCGAUGUCGUCCGGUGACGGGCCCGGAGGCCCGGCGCCCGGCGGCCCCCCAUCCGACGAGCUGGAGCUGAUCACGGUCGGCUCCGGCAACGGCGACCCGAGCCGCCACCCGCCGCAGGCGCAGAAGGUAAACUGCGUCUGGAGGCUGUCGCCAAUGCACGAGUAUCUGCCUGACCAGUACUUUCGAGAUGGAAUAAGGAAGAUCGAUUUUGUUCUGGUGCGAACCAGCACCAAAGAAGAUGACUGUGAUAUCAACCACGAGUCGCGCCACGGUGUAUAUGAGGAGAAUUUGAGGAAGGAGGGUCUCCACCUCGAGGAGGACACGAUUGACGAGAGCAGUCCGCUGACCUUUGUCAAGAUCCACACGCCAUGGGAGGUGCUUCGGCGGUAUGCCGAGAUCCUGAAGGUUCGGAUGCCGAUGAAGGAGCCGGCCGGACUGAGCGCCGACGAGGACUUCCUCAAGAAGGUGCCCGUCAUCCGCGAGAUCACCACCCUCGUGAACAUCGUCGACAAGGGCAUGUUCGGCGUCAACCCGAGGAAGUUCCCGCCCAAGAACAAGUACCUGACCGGUGUCUACAGCAGGGACCGAGAGUACCUGUUUGACAUGUCCGAAGACUUCUUCACCCCGGCUGUUCGCGCACGCGUGGUGUCUUUCAUUUUGAAGCGGAAGUGGUUUGUAAAGCAGGUCACCACCCAGCAGCCAAAAAUGGACUUCGGCAUCGACAAACUGCUGUCGGACAAGACGUAUUUGGCCAGCUACGCCCCACACGAGGGCGACUACAAGCGGCGGGGCAACGCGCGCGCCCUGCUCUACUACGAGUGGGCCUCCCUGCGCAAAUUUUACCGGCACCAGCCGCUCGACUACGUGGAGGACUACUUCGGCGUCAAGAUCGGCAUGUACUUCGCCUGGCUGGGCUUCUACACAUAUGCCCUCAUCCCGCCGGCCAUCGUCGGCAUCAUCUGCUUCCUCUACGGCAUCAUCACGCUUUACGACGACGUGCCCACAAACGACAUCUGCGAGAACAAGGACGUCCUGAUGUGCCCGAUCUGUGACGUGUUCUGCGACUUCUGGCGGCUGAAUGAGACGUGUGUGCACUCGCGGGUCACCUACCUCGUUGACAAUCCGUCCACGCUCUUCUUCGCCAUCUUCAUGUCCUUCUGGGCCGCGCUGUUCCUGGAGUUUUGGAAGCGCUACUCCGCCGAGAUUACCCACCGCUGGGACCUGACUGGUUUCGACGUGAAGGAGGAGCACCCGCGGCCGGAGUACCUCACCAAGCUGAAGGACCUGAGACAGGAGGUGAACGUGGUAACGAAGCAGCUGGAGCCGCAUGUCAGCUUCUGGAAGAUGCGGUUCCCGCGGAUCAUGCUGAGCGUCUCCAUCGUUCUCCUGCUGAUCACCGUGGCCAUCGCCAUCAUCAUCGGCGUGGUGUUGUACCGGCUGUCGGUGCUGGCCUCGCUGGCCUACUGGAAGGACGACUACGUCAGCAGCUACGCCAUGCUCUUCACCAACGCCACCGCGGCCACCAUCAACCUGGUGAUCGUGCUGCUGCUGAAUCAGGUGUAUGACCGGCUGGCUGAGUACCUGACGGACCUGGAGCUGCCCCGCACCCAGUCUGAGUACGACGACAGCCUCACCCUCAAGAUCUACCUGCUGCAGUUCAUCAACUACUACGCGUCCAUCUUCUACAUCGCCUUCUUCAAGGGCCGCUUCCACGGCUACCCGGGGAAGUACAACCGUAUCGCUGGCUUCCGUCAGGAGGAGUGCGGCCCGGGCGGCUGUCUGUUGGAGCUCACCAUGCAGCUGGCCAUCAUCAUGGUGGGCAAGCAGGCGCUGCUCACCAUUUGGGAGAUGGUGCUGCCGAAGCUGUUCACCUGGAUCGGGGACCUGAGCAAGCUGCUGACCCAAAGGAAGGAGGACGACCGCGUGCUGCCCCGCUGGGCGGCCGACUUCCGGCUGCUCGACUGGGGGCCUCAGAGCCUCUUCUGGGAGUACCUGGAAAUGGUGAUCCAGUUCGGCUUCGUCACCAUCUUCGUGGCGUCGUUCCCGCUGGCACCGCUGUUCGCCAUCCUCAACAAUGUGCUGGAGAUGCGGCUAGACGCGCGCAAGCUGCUCUCGUUCUACCGGCGGCCAGUGGGCCAGCGUGUCCGCGACAUAGGCAUCUGGUACCGCAUUCUCAACACCGUCGGCAAGCUGGCCGUACUUAGCAACGCCUUCAUCAUCGGCUUCACGUCCAACUUCAUCCCACGGCUGGUCUACCAGAUGAGGGUCAGCGAGAACGGCACGCUCGCCGGCUACAUGAACCACAGCCUGGCCGUGUUCCGCGUGGCUGACUUCCCGGAGCGCUACCGGCCCGUGGUUGACAACGCGACGCGCAUCGAUACGUGCAGGUACCUGGACUACCGGCUGGGCCCGGACGCGGCCGAUCCGUACGCACCGGACACGCUCUACUGGCACGUGCUGGCCGCUCGGCUCAUCUUCGUGCUGAUUAUUCGAGUCGGCAUACGUCUCAGUGGCGGCUUCGUGUUCCAGAAUGUGGUGUACGUGAUCAUGCAGCUGAUCUGCUGGAUCACGCCCGACAUCCCGCGCAAGCUGAAGGAGCGCAUCCAGCAGGAGAACUACCUGGUGCAGGAGAUGAUCGUCGAGAUGGAGCUUUACCGGGCGCGGGGCGAGGACCCCAGCAAUCUGGGCUGCACCCUGCUGCAGCGACUGGUCGGCGACCCCGAGCAUAUGAAGCCUUUCGCUGAGAGGUCCAUGCUGAUGGCCGAGCCCACUGAGCGUCAGGCGGUGUCCCGCAACUCGAGCGGCACGGAGAAGGAUCACAUCUCGGACUACGAGUCAGCCAUUCUGACGUGAG